AUGUCCUGUUUCGUGGGGAAAUGGAAACUUAACGAAUCUCACAACUUCGAUGCUGUUAUGGCAAAGCUAGGUAUUUCAUGGGCAACUCGACAGAUUGGGAACACUGUAACACCAACUAUGACCUUUACAUUGGAUGGUGAUAAGAUGACCAUGUUGACUGAGUCAACUUUCAAAAAUCUUUCUUCCACAUUCAUAUUCGGUCAGGAAUUCGAAGAAAAAACCAGUGAUGGGAGAACCGUCAAGUCAAUUGUCAUCAAAGAUUCCGAAUCAAAGUUGACUCAAACUCAAGUCGAUCCCAAAAACACAACUGUAAUCGUUCGGGAAAUAGAUGGCGAUAUCAUGAAAACUACUGUGACUGUCGGUGACGUUGUUGCUGUUCGCAAUUAUAAAAGACUCUAA